AUGGCAUUUUCCAGCAAGUUCCCAGGGAACUGCUCAGCGCCCAGCCGGCUGCACAAGCCCGAGACCAUCCGUCUCAUCACCAAGGACUUCAUCCGUGAUGUCGUCGUCCCUGCGGAGAACCCAGCAGCAUCCCUCAUUAUCGGCCAGGAGGAUUUCCAGCGCAUUAAAGAAGCAGCUCGAGUCCUGACCAAGGAGGAGCGUGAGACCAAGCUGGCAGCCCUCAAAGCGGAGAAGGAAGCCAUUCUCGAGGCAGUGAGUGAGCGCAAGAGUGCGGCAAAGCAAAGGGCUGUCCUGCAGCAGCAGACGGGGAAGCUGAGCGAGCUGGAGGAGGAGGCGCAGGAGCGGGCCCAGUACCUGCUGCAGCGGGCGAGCAGGAUGCGCAUGGAGCAGGAAGACGAGAUCAAGGAGUUCAACGAGCUGAUCCUUGGUGCCAAGUGCCACAUGAUCCGCGACACGCAGAUCCUCGAGAAGCAGCUCAUCACAAAAGAGCUGGAGGAAGAAGAGAAGCGCCUGGCCAAGAUGAUGGAGGUGGAGAGGAAAAAGGCCGACGAGAUGCAGGAGGAACUGGAGUGCAGGAGGAAGCAGGAGCUGAUCAGAGGGAGGCAGGAGCUUGUGAAGCAGAUGGAGCAGAAUGCGGAGGAGCAAGCUAUGAGAGCCGAGCAACGGGACCAGGAGGCACAGGAGCUGCUGGAGUACUUGGAGCAGCUGAAGAUGGAGGACCUGAAGGACUUGGAGCGGAGACAGGAGCAACAGAAGAAAAUCCAGGCUGAGAUUAAACGCAUCAAUGACGAGAACCAGCGGCGCAAGGAGGAGCAGCGGGAGCAGGAGAGGAUGGCAGACGAACGGGUGCUUGAGUACCAGAGGCAGAAAAUGGAGCGUGAGGCUGAGUUCGAAGCUGAGCAGGAGAGAAUCCGUCGGGAGAAGGAGAAGGAGACGGCACGCUUGAGGGCCAUGCAAGAGAGGGCCCAGGACCACCAGGCAGAGCAGGACGCACUGAGGGCCAAGCGCAGCCAAGAGGCUGCCGAGCGAGAGUGGCGGCGCAAGGAGAAGGAGGCGACACAGAGGAAAGCCGAGAUGGAGCAGAUGCUGAAGCGGAGCCGCCUGGAGCAGAUCGCCCAGCGGGAGCACACCAUGGCCGUGGAGGUUCAGCGGCCCCGCCACGAGUUCGAGAGGAUCCUCAGGGCCCAGCGGGAGCAGAUGGAGAAGGAGAAGGCGGAGGAAGCACGGAGGGCAGGUCUGCAGCUCGCCCAUGCUAACGAUGUCCGGCGCCAGAUGUGGGAGCGUCAGCAGCAGCUGGCGCAGGAGCGGGUGGCCGCCUUCGAGGAGUGCCAGCGGCUGGAGGAGGAGGCCCGCCAGCGCAGCCAGCGCAUUGCCCAGCUCAAGCAGCAGAAGAUGCAGGAGCUCAGAGCCUCCGGCAUCCCUGAGAAGUACUGCGCCCAGGUGGAGCGGAGGGCCCUGAGCCAAGCAAGCGCAGCGCCUGGCCAGGCUCAGCCCCAUGAGGAGCGGAGCUCCGGUUCCCCAGUGACUUAG